AUGUGGCUCAUUCGAGUCUUUUCGUCGGCCUUGUUCCUCGCCGUCACUGUCGCGUCUAUCCCACUAGCCUUCGAUGUGGGCGGCAAGACAUGUGGCCUGGCCUUUUCACUAUCCCUCGCAACUUUUUAUUUCCUCGUGUCGCUGUUGAAGGUCACAACCCCUGAGCGAUCGUGGUUCCGUUCUUCCAUCAUUGCUGUUCUCCGCUUUACACAAUGGGCCGUCAUCUUGGUGCUUCUAAUUUGGUCACUGAACCGUUUCUCAGUCGACGCCGAUAAUAUUGGUACAGGGUGGAUGGAGCGCACUUUCAGCGGCAAGAGGGCGCAAGAUUCUUCUAUCCAGGAGUGGCUCUUUGGCCGCGACGGCCUGGUCGAAUCAGUGGCCCUCGGCAACUGGGAUAGGCUCCUGAGAUGGUCUACGCCGGUGUUCCAGCUGGCAGAGGGAUUUUGUAGCUUAUUGGUGAUCCAGGCCGCUGGCCAAAUCACUCGCUGGCUCGUCAACCGAGGGGGUCGCAGCGAUAGCUGGAUGAUCGGCCUCUUAGUUUUAUCUGCCACAAUAAUCUCCAGCUCCGUAUACUUCCUCUGGCGUGUCCUACAAUUCCCCGAAAUCUCCAAUGUUGAUGCCGCCUUGAUUGGAGUCUCUAUCACAUGCGCCGUCAUCCUGUGUGCCUGGGGAAUUGGUAGCGGUCGUGGAAAUCCCAUCGAGAGCUCUCUCCUCUUCGCCUACAUCGUGCUCUGCAUCUACCAGAUCUUCACGGAUUACCAACCAUCGCAUCCCAUGGAACAAAUCCCCUCGCCCGCACAAGUCGGAGACUUCCCUCCCCUGCCUCCCAUCAUCAUGGCGUCCUACACACAGCUCAUGCACGCGCUAUCUCUACUGCCUUCGAUCAUACACGCAGGCUUUAACGUUAUCACUGCCGUUUUCAGUGCUGUUACGCCCUCCGUUCUCAUCUCGCUCGCCUACCGCCUGCUUGUGCUGUAUGCAUCGACGCGCAUCAUCCCCGCUGUCCGCGAGUCUGGCGCCCGUGCCCUUUCCCAGGAAGCUUCCAUGGACGAUAACGACGCAGCAGGCCAAGUGCUAGGCUUCCUGAGCUAUUUCGCUCCGAGCAUCCUAAUCGCCGUCUAUACCAGUCUACUCAUGCAACACUUUGCAUCCACGUCACAAGCCAUGGGCGGCAGUGGCGAGUGGUGGAGCAGCCAAGGCAAUGGCGGAGGCAACCCGUGGCGUUGGAUCAACCUUGCAUGUACGAUAUCUUUAUAUGCGGUUGAGUUGUGGCUCGGGGAAAAUGAUGAUCUCGACAACGGAGUGGCAGGCCACUGGAAAACCGACUGA